UAAUGCUAUCUAAUUUCUGAAUCGUCCAUAUACCAUAUACACGUGCGGUUACAUUAUUUGGGAAGACGUCUUUACAAAAGAUCGUACUGCCUGCAACAAAAAUACCUUAACUAUCGAACGCAAAACACUCGGCGUGUACAUGCCAGAGCUGCAACACGUCUUCUUCCGGUACUCGUCGUGGCUCGCGAGCGGAAGACAGACGGACUUGCAGUAAACUUGCGGAUCCAAUUGUGCUGCGCCUCAGUCGCCUCCUUGUCGCGCUGUACAGUUGGCUGACAUAAGUUCGCGGAAAAUACAAAUUAAUAUUUCGAGUCGCCGAAGACGCGACAUGAAAAUCAAUAAACGUUUCAUCGGCCGGAAAUACGGAAAUCAGCUCGAACGCGCGGAACGACCGCCCUCAGUUGUCUCGAAUAAAGCGACUUUACAAUAUUCAUGAGCGGCAGCGAGGAAACGGCAAGGCGAGCCGCGAGUAGCGUAAUUCAUGCACAGAGAGACACGAUACAGCUUCUCUCCAUUAAUAACCGUCAUUAAUGACAUAGUCACAAAUUGCCAUCGGAACUCGCAGAGAGUACCGUAGUCCGCGCCGCGUUAUCGUCUAUGUCCGUCUCUCCGCCGGUUUCUCCGUGAUAUCGGGAAAAAGUGACAUUCCUGAGUCAAGAUGUCCCGUUACAUUGUGCCGGAUAGACAAGCGUGAGAAGCGAUAUCUCAGAAAGAGAAGAAAAAGUAGCCCGCUGCGACACACAUAUUCCCGAGACCGGGCGUUUUAAUACAAUUAAUACGUGCGCGGAUCACGCGCGAACAGCGCACGUUUCUUUUCCUUUCGUUGUACCAACGUUCUCAUUGCCAAUCCAAGUACAUUUCACACAAUGACGCAAAAGGAGAAAAAAUAAAACCCGACGCUAAAUGCGACGCGCGCGCAUCGCUCGAGUUCGGUUCCCCUUGAGGCCGGCUGAGACCGCUCGCGGUAAUUAAUCACGAUAAUUAAUCGCAUCGUCUCAGCGUCGUCAGAGGUAAGGAAGAGUCGCGCGCGUACGAUGCCCUGAUGAAGUCCAUGGUCGCGCGAUCGUCAGCAUGGAGCUGCUUUCGUUGAAUUUUUUCAUAUACACUAUGGGAGGCAUAUGGCGACCGGUCGAGUGGACGUCAGGCAGUGCCAAAUUACUGUACAACGUAUUCAGCUUUUGCACGAUAGUCCCGAUGUACUUCCUCAUGGUGACCCAAUUCAUGGAUCUCGUUCUCGUGGUCGAUAACGUGGACGACUUCAUCACAAAUUCCCUCAUGUUCAUGACCAUCGUUGCUGUUUGCUGCAAGGCGACGACCGCGAUGGUACGUCGCGAUUUGAUCAUCGACCUGGUGCAGACGUUGUCGCGGGAGCCGUGCAAGCCCCAGGAUGCGGACGAAGCGGCGAUACAGACGAAGUUCGACGAGUUUAUCAGGUCAUGCUCGAUCAAAUACUCGCUUCUGGCCACUAGCUCCGUCACAGGCGUCACCGUCAGAUCGGUGCUGAACGCCAUGCAGGGUAUCCUGCCUUACAGAGUGUGGCUGCCGUACGACUCGACUUUAUCCUUGGCCUUCUGGAUCACGUCGAUUCAGCAGAUAAUCUCCGUGAUCUUCGCCACCAUCAUCAACGUCGGCACGGAGACUCUCGUGUUCGGCCUGAUUCUACAAACGUGCGCGCAACUCGAGAUCUUCGAGAGGCGUCUGCACAAACUGGUGAUCGGCAGGACGACUGGGAAAGCCGCUGGCGAGCAGCCGGGGUGGUCUUCGGCCGAUCCGCCGCUUCAUGAGGAGAUGAUUUCCGGCUACAUACGUCAUCACCUCCGUAUUUACGAGUACGCCAGAGCGGUUAACAGCGUGUUCAACCAGACACUCUUCGUGCAAUUCUUCGGCAGUAUAUUGACACUGUGCACCAGUGUGUAUUACUUGUCAUCUCACAUCAUGGAGUCUGCGGCUGCGACCUUGGUGAUAUACACCAUCUGCAUGUUUGUGCAAAUUUAUGUCUAUUGCUGGUCCGGAAACGAGGUGAUACUUAAGAGUACGAAUGUAGGAGACGCGAUAUACCACACGGACUGGCCUCUGCUGACGAUCAGCGAGAAGAAAGAUCUGCUGAUGAUCAUGAGACGUAGUACAAUUCCUAUCAAAUUCACCAGUAGUUUUCUCAUAACCCUGUCUCUGCAGUCUUAUAGCAACAUUCUGAAAACGUCGUACUCUGCGUUUAACGUGCUGCAACAGUCGUGAGGUGGAAACAGUCGAGAAUAACGCGUAAUCGCGCCCGGAAGUAAUGACAACGAUAACAGCGCUGUAGCAUAUAUGUGUACAAUAAUAGCGGUUACGUAGACGUGAAAAUCCCCGCCUGCGUGUUUGCAUUGUUCCCCACGUCCGAAUCACGCGAUUGCAACAAAUCGGCACACUCGCGAGAAAAACAAACGGAAAGCGAACAGCCUGAAUCCCGACUCACUUGCGCCAAAGCGGCUAUGAUUUCGGCUGAGGACAGAAAUGAAAAUCGAAAUCCGCUCCGUAAUGGGCAAAAGUUCGCGCGUGUUCGACAGUUGACACAUUUUCUCCCGACGUUCUGUCGUUCCACUUGACAAGGGGACACUAAACUUGAAGAGAACACCUCCGGGAUUGCGCAGUGCACAUUGUCCCCUCCCCCCGACCGCGUCCUAUCGAAAGGCAUGGAAAACUUCACUCUCGUGAGAGAAGCACAAUUUAACAAGAAAUCGAAUCGCCGACGACGCGACAUUAGAAUCCAUAAACAUUCCAUGGGACGGCAAGGCGACGACGCGGUAUAUCUCGCGUGCGACGGCGGCCGUUAAACGCUGCAAAUAAAGCGAUGCUGCAGUAUUUAUGAGCGGCACGAGGGAAACUUAGCUGGAAAAAGGUAACCCUGAAGAAUAAUAUCCAUCGGCAGCGCAGUGUUCCAGCGUAACAGAGACUCCGUUUCGUUAAUGACCGUCAUUAAUGAUAUAGCCACAAAAUGCCGUUGGAACUCGCAGAGAGUAUCGUAGUUCGCGCUAUCGUCUAUGUUUGUUGUGUCUCUUCGCCGGUUUCUCCGCGAUAUCGAGAAGAAGUUACAUUCCUGAGUCGUUUGCGGAUCACGCACCAGCGCACGUUUUCUUUCCUCUAUACCGACGUUCUCUAUACCGACGUUGCCAAAACAAAUUCACUUUACGUAAUUACGUAAAAAGCGAAAAUGACACCCGGUGCCAACAUGUGACACGCGCACGUCGCU